AUGACAGAAUUGGCCUUCGCCAGACUGAGGACUAUUGUGCGCCUUGGCGAGGCGGUCCCGGCCGCCGCGCAUCGGGUCUUUUUUGCGAAGCUGAGGCCUCUAUGCCCCCUGGCAGCAGGCGCCUUCGCCAGGCUCCUGCUGGCAGGUGGGCUGAAAAAGAAUUCUAAAAACGACCCAAGACGCAAAAGCAGCUUCUCACAGAGGGCGAAGGAGGAGAAGGCGAAGCAGCGCGCAAAGGCAGCCGAGAAGAAAGCGGUUAGGAAGGAGGGUAAGGCGAAGAACAAGGAGGCCAAGAAGGCGACGCCUGCCUUCAAGCUAGAGGAGGAGCGGAGGGCGAAGGUUGCAGCAGAGCUUCGCGAGCAGGAGGAGAGGGCGGCGCGGCUGGCUGCUGAGCAAGAGGCGGCGAGGCGAGCGGAGCGCGAGGCGGCAGAGCUAGCGGGCGCGGCAGAGCAGGCGGCGUUGCGCGAGGAUGCGGAGCUAGUAGAGGCGAUGCGCCGGUCAGAGGUGGAUGCGGAGGAGGCGCUGGCGCGUCGGGUGUCGCGGUGCGAGGAGGCGGUGAGCAGCGAGUCGACCGGCGGCGGCGGGGACUUGCAGCGGCGUGUCGAUCAGCUGGAGGCGAGCCUCGGCGCGGCGACCGAGGGUAGCCUCGAGGAGCGGGUCGGCGCCAUCGAGCGCUUGAUCGGGCCAGAGGCGGCAGAGGCGGUGGAGCCGCAUCCGCCAGUCACUGAGCCGUUUGCUGCCGUCUCACUAGCGGACGCCGGCCUCGACACGGGGCGGCCGGUUGCCCCCGAGUCCACCAUGGGAGGCGAGACGUCGUGCAUCAUAUGCUUCGAGCGGCCAAAGUCUCACCUCGCGGUGCCGUGCAGCCACUUGUGCGUGUGCGGUCCCUGCUCCGAGCUGAUGCAAGAGUGUCCGUAUUGCCGCGAGCCAGUGAUGAUAGUGGCUCGCCCCGCGCCCGGUGUGAUACUCUCCCUGCAUCGAGAUUUGUUCCAGUCUUAG